ACUGGUUUACUCCAGUAGAUGGCGCCGCCCCUAGUGUGUAUGUGACUGUGUGUUUGGCCCUGCAGGGUAGACCAGGCAGGAGUUAUCUGCAGGCAGGAAGGCAUUUUCCGGGUGAACUGCAUGGACUGCCUGGACAGGACCAACGUGGUCCAGGCGGCCAUCGCCCGGACUGUGAUGGAGCAGCAGCUGAAGAAGUUGGGCGUGAUGCCGCCAGAACAGCCCCUCCCCCUGCGCUGCUACCGGAUAUAUCAGGUCAUGUGGGCCAACAACGGAGACACCAUCAGCCGACAGUACGCUGGCACUGCUGCUCUGAAGGGAGACUUCACCAGAACAGGAGAGAGGAGACUGGCUGGGGUGAUGAAGGAUGGCGUGAACUCCGCCAACCGUUACUAUCUCAACCGCUUCCGGGAUGCGUACAGGCAAGCCGUCAUAGAUCUAAUGAUGGGCCUCCCUGUGACGGAGGACCUGUACUCCAUCUUCAGCAAGGAGAAGGAGCAGGAGGAGAAGGAGAAAGAGCAGGAGGAGAAGGAGCAGGCUGGGCAGCGGGCUCAGCAGGAGCAGGUCAGCCUCCUGCUGCAGACCUACAUGCAGAUGCUGCUCCCGGAGGAGGAGAAGUUCCACGGAGGAUGGGCCCUUAUCGACUGCGACCCCAGCCUUAUUGAUGCUACGCACAAGGAUGUGGACGUGCUGCUCCUGCUGUCUAACAGUGCGUACUACGUGGCCUACUACGAUGACGAAGCCGAUAAGGUCAGCCAGUAUCAGCGGAUUGGACUCGAGGACUUGGAAAAGAUUGAAAUAGGACCCGAACCCACCCUGUUUGGGAAGCCCAAAUUCUGCUGCAUGCGUGUGCACCACAAGAAGGAGGAGAUGAGCGGGUAUUUCCACACCCUGAGGGCAGUCACGCGGCACCCAGAGGAUGAUGGGAAAGAUACUUUGCAGUGUAUUGCUGAGAUUCUUCGGAUUUCUAAGCAAGCCUUGGGCCUCGAGCUAGUGGUGACAGAGAAGAAACUAGAGAGGAAACACAGUAGGCCUCACGACGACAUCAUGGGCAUACGAGAAAAAAACCAGGACCAGGUCCUUGGCAGCACCGGCCUGGCUCAAGGCAAAAACUUCCUGAUGAACAAGUUUUCGUCCCUGAACCAGAAGGUGAAGCAGACCAAAUCGAACGUCAACAUCGGCAACUUCAAACCCCUGGGGAAGCUGGGGAACAUCUCCAAGACGGACGUGACGGCCAACUUCCUCAAGCCGAACAUGAAGGUGGCCCUGUGGAAGUCCGACAGCAGCCUGGAGACGCUGGAGAACAACCCCGGCGGCGGGGCGCACAAGGGCCACUCGGACGCGUCGGACCUGGAGAUCUCCUCCGACUCCGACUCCUGCCACUCCGACGACCGGCCCCACUCCGCGUCCCUGGAGAACGUGGACUACGUGCUGCCCAGCUGCGGCAUCGUGGCGUCGGCCCCGCGCCUGGGCGCCCGCUCCCAGUCCAUCGGCGGCGUGGAGAUCGUCGUGCCCUCCAUCAUCCGCAUCACCAACUGCGAGGGCAAGACGGAGGGGCGGGAUGAGGCGGAGGAGGAGGAGGAGGAGGGGCGGAACAGAGGUCCAAAGGGGCAUGGUGACGCAUCAAAGGGGCAGGGUGAAGUGCCGAAGGGGCAGAGCAAAGCACCAGAGGGGCGGGGCAAAUCACCAGAUGGGCGGGGCAAAUCACCAGAUAGGCGGGGCAAAUCACCAGAGGGGCGGGGUGAAGCACCAGAGGGGCGGAACAAAGGACCAAAGGGGCAGGGUGAAGCACCAGAGGGGCGGGACAAAGGGUCAAAGGGGCAGGCCGCUGAAGCCGCGAUGGAGGAGGAUGCGAAGCUGAGCUUCGGGACCCCCAUCGACGCCUACUGCCUCCAGUUCGCCCAGGACGCAAAGAGCAAGUGCGCGGGGGCCCCGGAGGCCCCGGCCCCCGCCGCCCCCCCUCAGCAGGACGCUCGCGCGCCGGGCAGCGCGGUGGCGCCCGCCAGCGCGGAAAGCCAGCCGCCACCGCCGCCACCGGGGGAGCAGCAGCUCCCGAGGCCCGCCCAGCUGGACGUGAGCGCGGACCUGCUGAGCGUCCAGCCGCCGGGCUCCGCCGCCUCCGCCUCCUCGCAGAGGAGCCUGGGCGCCCCCCCGGAGGGCAGCGCCGAGCCCUCCCCGGCCGACGGCAGCCGCACCGUCUCGCCGUUCGCCAAGAUCCGGAGCUCCAUGGUGCAGGUGGCCAGCCUGACGCAGGCCGGGCUCAGCCAGGGCAUCAGCUUCGCCGUGGCCAAGGUCCAGAAGAGCCCAGAGCCGGAGGCUGUCAACGAGACCCAGCAGAACCAGCUGAAAGCCAUGUUCACCCAGUGCCAGACCAGGAUCAUUCAGAUAUAGCGCCCUCCUCAGGCGCCUCGCUGUCGUUGGCGUACUGCACCUGAAGAAAAUGAGCUUGCACACACGACCCGUCGUUGCCGAUCCAAGUAAACCUGGAAAGUUCUGUGCUGACCCAUGUUUUUUUGGGGCGGCGUUUUCUCCAGUCGACCCAGUUAGAAGUGGCUGUAUUCAGUGUCCCGAUGGUCUUUUCACAGAAAUAUUUCAUCCAUGUUGCAUGUCCAGCUCUUGUUAGAGUAAGGUAGACGAAAGCAGGCCGAGUUUUACAGAAUGUCAGAAAGACGACUUAAAAUUAGCCUGUGAUAGUGGCACUGUCUGAAUCUAAACCGUUUCAAAAUGGCCGAGAUGGCAGAUCCAGUUGACUGGUUCAAUUUCCUUACUGAAAAUAAAUUUUAAAUAAUUUUAUAUGUCCAUCUGUGUAAUUUAACAAAACGGUGUAAAUUAAACACUAAAACUGUCAUGAACGGGUAUCUCCAAGUGAAAUCAAAUGUAGCUUUUAAUUUUAAAUUAAAUUAAUGGAAAUAUUUCCCCUUGGAACAAUUGUUAGUUGGAGUGCUAAUGUAUGUAUAUAUAUAUAUAUAUAUUUUAGUCACAAGGCUGCCAUAGCUAGUGUGACUUUGCACCAAACGUAAAACAUAACAGAAUGUAAUGCAAUCUGGAGUUUGGAGAUGUGGACGGGGAUCGGAGCGGAUGUGUAGGCUAUAACUCCAGUGCCAAAAUCAUCUAGUCUGGUGAAAUGAAAAGUUUAUUUUCCCGUCAUAAGCAUGAUUGUGCACUGCAAGGGAAAUCAUGUGUGAUCUCGGUUAGAGUGUGUUUCCUGCGGAGUUGAGCGUUCCCUGUACGGAAGAGUGUGUUUCCCGUAGGGGAAAUUGUGCGCUUCCUGUGGGGGCAAAAGUGUUUCCUGUAGGGAAUCGGAGUGUGCGUUUCCUGCUGUGUACAGUGCAUUUCUUCUGGGGAAGAGUGUGUUUCCUGCGGUGUGGAAUGUUUCCUGUAUGGAAGUGUGUUUCCUGCUGAGUAGAAUUGACGCGUGUUUCCUGUAGGCUAUAGUGUGUUUCCUGUAGGGUAUAUUGUGUUUCCUGUAGGGUAUAGUGCAUUUCCUGUAGGGUAUAUUGUGUUUCCUGUAGGGUAUAGUGAGUUUCCUGUAGAGUAUAGUGUGUUUCCUCUUGGGUGUGGAAGCAUGUGUUUUGGUUACUGAACCUCUGUAAACACAGGAUUGCCUCGGUGGGAUAUCCAGGACUGUUCUUUAUUUACUUCAUAAGCAUAAGCUGAGUAACAAGACACCAUAAAAAUGUCCAAAGUGAGUUCCGAAUUGGUGAGUCUCCAACAGGGUUGGAGAAGAAUUUCAUUUAAGUUGGGUAAUUAAUUUCGGAAUUUAAUCGAACCCGGAAUCAUCACAGGACAUCGUGGCCAUUUCUCAAUUUAUGAAUUGAAUUUAAUUUCAGUUACUGAACUCAGCCCCAGGCUCUCCUCUCCAGUCUCUCAGGCUUCCAGUCUUGGUCGCUGUUUAAUGCGCGAACAGAAGUGAUUGUUUCAGCACUCCAAGGUAAGUUUACACAAGCAGCGCAACGGAAACUGAACUAAUGACCGUGUUGUAAAUUAUAUGUAAAAUAUGUAUAAAGUUGGAAUUGUUCUACAUUUCAUUGUUCUAUAAAGAUAGCGUGUUGGACUUUUGCAAUGAUUAAUAAUCCUUGCAAGUUUUUUUUUUUUUUUUUUUCUUUCUCGUGAGGUACUGGUAGAUCAGCUCCUGUAACUGUGCACCUCCGAGAACUCUGUCUCCUGAAAGGGUCACAUGAGUCCAAAGGGACUAAUUUAUUUCGGAACGACCAAACUGACGUGGCACUAUAUGAAUGCAUUUCCGUGCAAUUAGAAGAUGGCUUUCAAGCUCAUUUUCCUGUCAUUGAAACAAGUUGAGCUUUAGAUUGAAUUCUGAAGAAUGUUUUAGGUCUGUUUAGCUGAAAUUUUAACUGGAUCUUAAUGUUACGUGUAUCGUACGUUUGAUUAACAGUAGGAAAUAGGCCAUGGGUAACAGAACUGGCUUAGAGAACUAGAGAACUUGUAUUAUACUGUAAUCGUACUCUGAAAUGCAACUGUAAGCCUCAUUAGAUUAUUAUUUUAUGAUACCGAAUAUAUUCAAUUCUUAACGUGUGAUUCAUUACGUAUGUCAUCCAUUUGAUGGGAAAAUACUCCUUUUUUGUGUACUGGUACCAUAUCAACUGACAUUCUUUUAUAAGCUUCACAGAGUUUACAGAGCUAUUACAGGCGAGGUAUGGAUGUAGUCGUCUUGCACAAACUUGCAAAGAGGUGUUACUGUUUUAGCAGCCCUGUAGCUAUUUUUCGCACUCAAAUUGAGGCGCUAACUGCCAGUAGCUGGUAGGACACGGUUGUAGCAGGCUAAUAAUAUCAGAUGCUACCGCUGUUGAGGUCAGGCUUGCAAUAGGAAGUGUUUUAGCUGUGGGAUUCUGCACUGUAUCUGUCUGCUACUGUUAUCUGUUCCAAAACAAAGAGUUCUCAGCCAUUCUCAGUAAAAACAAAGGGUACAUAAUAAUGGUGGAUUAUUUACAACAACAAAAAAACAAACAAAUGUGGAAUUUUUUGGUUUUUGAAAUGUUUGGUUUUUGCAUUUUUGUUUUCUUUUUUUUUGCUGUGAAACUAUUUCCUGGCUGGCGGAUGGAGUUGAGUGUUAAGAUACAACUAUUAGAAGAACUUUGAGCAGGCGUUUCCACCGAAGAACAGCUGUUAUGAUCAUGUUUGCCUUUCCCCCCUUUGAUAAAGUGCUCUGAAUUAAGAUCAAUUAUGUUAGAGAGUGACAGUCGUAUUAUCACCAUUGUUGUCAGAGGUCAUGAGCAUAUUCUUCUGUCGGUCAUAUUUGUGUGGUUGUUGGUCAUUACUUUCAUGGCAAAACUUGAAAAAUAUUUUUGCCCCUUGUAUUCUAAACUGUUGCAUAUUAAAAUAUUUAUUCUCAUCGCUGUAUUGCAUUCUGUUGGAUUGUCCUAUCAUUGUGGCAAUAAACAUAUACUGAUGAUAACAGUCAAGUACUGCUCUUGGAA